CAGGAUGGAAGGAAUUCUGGAUUUCAAGCUUUGUGGGUCCAAUGAUAAACAUUUAGAAUUUUAUACAGGAAGCGAUACUGCAUUGUUUCCACGACUAAUUGUCUCUUCAUUUUUUGUUUGGCUCUGUUGUAUCCUUAUUUAUUCUGUCUCUUCAGAAUGGUGAGGAAGAGAAUUCCGAAUCUGCCUGUGUUUACAUUAAAAUCACCUAAUUUGGAUUCAGGCUCAAGCCUUAAAGCCCAUGCAACUACAUCCCCAAUCUCUAACAAGAAGAGCAUUUCCUCCUCACAAUACAAAACUAUUUUCUUACAUGAUUGGUGGCUGGUGAAACCUCAAGGAAAAGGUUUAGCUGUGGGAGGAGUUGCUUCAAUGGAGAGGCUUGGGGAAAGAGUCAUUUCCUCUUCAACUAUUGCAAAGAGACAUGAGACCAAUGUGCUUGAAACGCAAGAAGGGAUCACAUUUAUUAUCACCGGUUUCAUAAACAAGUCUCGCACAAAUGAAAAUGGCUUUUCAUUUGAGGUAUGCAGACGUUUCCAGUUGGGAUUUCCACAUGACUGGGAAGAGUACAUAUCUUUUGCUGUUGGCGGAAAACAUAACAAUGAGAAUACUGCGGCUGACGAUUUAAGUACUAAUCUACUGAAGAAUGCUGGCGAGAUCGUGGAUCUUUUAACCAAUAAAGGAGAUCUGAAUUGUUCUUGGCUGCUGAAUAAAUUGUUAAAUGAUUCAGUAGGAACAUCUCCGCAGAAUAUUUCAGAGCAAUCUGUGCCUGGUUGUAACAGGGAAAGAAACAUUAGAAUGAACACCAAGGGAUGCCAAGGUGCGGGGGAUACAGUUCUUGGGACAUCUAACCUACAGGGUGACCAGAUGCACAAUAUUGAAAAUGGCCUCUCAGAUGCUAUGCUUGUAGCAUAUGGUGAAAAUCCAAACUCUGGUCUUCAAUCUGGGAUGAAUAUGAAUCCCCUCAAGUCAAGUGUAGGCCUUCCCGAAAAAAGAACCGAUAAAACCCCAGAUUCCUCAGAGAAAAUGAAAAACAACCCAAGAUCAAGUGUUCAUAAGCAGAAGAAAUCAGAGGAUGCUGGUAAGGUCUACUGCAGGAGGAUAACCAGAAGCAUUUCUAAAAUGAGUCAUCCAGCUGGAAGAUCUCAAGAUGAUCAGAUGCACAAUAUUGAAAAUGGCGUCUCAAAUGUUGUACUUGAAGCACAAGGUGAAAAUCCGAACCUUGGUCUUCAGCCUGGGAAAAGUAUAAAUUCCUUCAAGUCAAGAAGUGAAGGCCUUCCUGGAAAAAGAACCAAUAGAGCCCCAGAUUCCUCGGAGAAAAAGAAAAAAUACCUUAGGUCAAGCGUUCCCAAGCAAAAGAAAUCAGAGGAUGUUGCUAACUUUGGCUUCAGGAGGAUAACCAGGAGCAUUUCUAAUUUGAAGUAGGGGCGUGUUUUUGGCAUGUAUUUUGGAGGUAAGGGGGUUUAAUGUUAAAGUAGAAUUCAGUUGAUUUGUCUUGUACUGUAUUUAUUUCAUUUCUUAGCUUUAAUCUCCCAAGUAAAAAUACAACUCUGAUCCUCACGUGUAAGGGGAAGUUUUGGAUUUAAAUAUAAGUCACUUAUAGUAUA